ACCUGCCCAACAUAUUUUGAGUUGAUUUUUGUGAAUGGAAAGAAAGGAGUUAGAUACGCAGACAAAGCAGAAGGUGUCGCUGUUGCAUGUGGUGAGGGCGUUGAAAUCCUAUAAUAUUAUUGCCCCACUUCACACUCCAUGUGCCAUGCUGCAUUUUCCUCCUCUCUCCUUAACCCUUUCUCUCUCACAUUCACACAACAACAACAAGUAUUAACGUUGUUCUUCUUGUUCUUCUUUUCCUUCUUUACUUCACCAAUCAUCCCUUCCCAUAUGCUCUGACAUGGCUUUCAAUUCCAAGGCCAUUUUGGAUUAUGCUUUGUUUCAACUCACUCCCACCAGAACCAGAUGUGAGUUGUUGGUCUUUUCUGGAGGUUCUCAUCAGAAAAUAGCUUCUGGGUUGUUUGAGCCUUUCGUUUCUCAUCUCAAAUUCCUCAGGGAUGAGAUCUCCAAAGGUGGAUACUCCAUUAAGCUUCUGCCUCCCUCCAACUCUGCCUUCUGGUUCACCAGAGCCACCUUUGAGAGAUUUGUGCGUUUUGUCAGCACACCAGCUAUUCUGGAGAGGUUUGUUAGUCUUGAAAACGAAAUUCUUCAGAUUGAAAGUUCAUUUCAAGCAAAUGCUUUAUCGAUGUCCAAUGCAACUCCUGAUGAAGGAAUUGUGUCACAAAACAAUGGCAACGCAAGGAGGUUAAGUGAUUCUGCGAAGUUGAAUGAUGUACUGGAAGGUGUUGACGUCAAAGAAGAGGAAAGCUCAAAGGUUUCCCUGCAUCGGCUGUUGGAAUCUCGAAUAGCACUACUCCGGAAGGAGCAAGCAAUGGCUUAUUCACGUGGUCUAGUUGCUGGAUUUGAAAUUGACAGCAUUGAUGAUCUCAUAUACUUUGCAAAUGCAUUUGGAGCAACCCGAUUAAGGGAAGCCUGCAUUAAUUUUAAGGAGUUAUGGAAGAAAAAGCAUGCAGAUGAUCUUUGGAUAAAAGAAGUAGCUGCUAUGCAGUCAAGCUUGCCACCGGCUCUUUCAUUGUCUGGAUCAUCAGGAAUUGUACUGGCAAAUGAUAUAACCGCCAAUGACCAGAAUAGCAUUGCUUCUGCUGACGGAACGGAAACAUCAAACUCUUCAUUAAACAAAAAAGAAGAUGUGAACCUGCCUACACCAGAUCAGAAACCCUCGCAUACAGCAAAUGUUCAUAUGCCAAUGCCCUGGCCUUACAAUGUGCCUCCUUACAUGUAUAAUCUUCCGCAAAUGCCUUCCUACCAAGGAUAUCCUAUGACUAAUAUGCAGACUGUUCCUCCCUACCUUCUACCGAAUGUGCAAUGGUCUUCUGACCAGAAACAAUCAUCAACCAAAAAGGAUAAAUCCCAUAAGAAAAGAGCAGAAGAAUAUGAAGAAGACGAGCAGUCUGAAUCCAGUGAUCCUAAUUCUGGAAGCGAAUCUGAUUCAGAUAAACAGAAUCACUCCAGUCACUCAUCGAAGGAUGAUAUAAAGAGGAGAAAGCACAGAAGAAAGUCAUCUGGAACAGUUGUGAUUCGUAAUAUCAACUACAUCACUCCAAAAAGGAGAAAUGGAAAUGAGGAUGGAGCCUCCGACGGAUCUUUUGAAGAUGACGAUAUCAUAGAUGAACAAAUCAUCAAACAAAAGGUCGGUGUUGCACUUGAAUCUCUGCAAAAGGUCCAUAAAGGCGAAAAGCAUGCUAACGGGAAAAAAGCAGCAGCCCGGCACAAGGUAACUAAAACAAGUGAUGCGACUGAAGAGGAUCUUGCUGAAAACUUGAGUGAUGCAUCCCAAGGAGGAAACAAUAACGACAACUGGAGUGCAUUCCAGAACCUUUUGAAGAUAGACGAGGGUACUGGAAUUGAUGGACCAGAAAGGGUGGAGUCAAUCGAUGUCCGGGACGAACAUUUUAUGGUGAGAAGCUCAGAAGAAACAAUGCCGUAUGCUGCUGGUUCAACUCCAGACUUGGAUUUCAAAGAAGUUCUCAAGAAUCCCAAAGUUCCAAAUGACUCAUUUAUUGUGGCUCAGAGAGAUAGAGGAAAUGAAGGCGGAUCCAAGCUGGAUGAGUAUGUAGACAACUGCGGUCCAGUUACAAAGAGCAAGGAUAAUGUGGGUGAAGAAAUAGUGCUAUCACAUAGAUCAAAAGAACCAGGAAAUAAACACAGCGAUCCAUUAUCUACUUUUGCUGCUGACUCAUUACAAACAACGGGCAGAAGAUCAGAUGAUUGGUUUAUUGUUGAAAAUUUGGAAAAGAUGAGAAGCCCCCAUCCUGAAAUUGUAUCUGCAGUGUUUGACGGUGAUUACAAUUCACCAGUGAAUGGUCAUUCCCAAUCUGAGAAAAGAAAUGAACGAACUCUAGUUGAUGAUUCCUUCAUGAUUCAGGGUCAACUAGUAAAUAAUGAUCUUUCUGGCUCCCAAUGGAAGACGGACUUAAGUAUGGUCGCAGAUCUAACUCUUGCCAACAAGCCUGAAAGUGAUGCAGCUUCUUCAAACGAGAAACGUGCACUAUCGAAGAGCCAGGAGCCUAACGACCUCUUUGUAGUUCUACAACGUGAUUCUGGAUUAGAUUCUACUGAGGGCUCACGAACAAUGGACUAUGAAAUUGACUUUUCCUUACCAGAAACUGAUAGAAGAUCCUCCUUUGACCAUUCUCAUGACAAGUUGAAUGAAAACCUUCCUGCUAGUCCUGAGAAAACCAGUGUGACCAAAAGCAAAACUUCUGGAACAAGAAGUUCAGAAAAGGAUGAGAAGUCAAAAGCCUUGCGCAAUUCCGGCGGAAAGGGCAAGCCUGAAAUCAUUUCUAGGGCCAGAAAGCCAUCUCUCCCUAGUAGGCCAAUUGUUCAGAAGAGCAAAAGGGAACAGGAAGAUGAGAUCAGGAAGAGGAUGGAAGAAUUACGGAAUGAACGUCAGAGGAGAAUUGCUGAAAGAACUGCAUCCUCUGGUCUUGCUCGAGGUGUGCCCAAGAAAGACCAAAUUGAAGGUAAAACAGCAAGGGUUUCACCUAAGAAUGACAAGAACAAGACUCAACCUGUGAAAGAGACAAACAGAAACAGUUCUGUCAAGGUCAGGGGAUUUUAGCAAGAACUUGUCAGUUCGAUGUGGAUGCAGAUUUUAUUCUCUACAUGGUAAAGUGUAUUUAAAUAACGGUUGAUUAAAAUGAAAUGAAUAGUUUCGUUUUCUAUAAACUGCAUGUAUUCAGUCUUAUAAUCACUCAAAAUGUUUUGUUUUGUUUCACGGUUGUAUAUCCAUAGAUUCUUUAUCGAUUGUAGGUGAAAACUUGUCAUAAAGGUUUUGUUGGAUUAAUAAUUAUUCAAGUUUAAUAGCUUGUGUGGAUUGUAUAUCCCGGCAUUCUUUGUUC